AAACUAACGAGUUCACUUCAGAACUCAUAAGGUGUCUAUAUAAGAGUAGAAAACAUUUGGUCUGUGACGUCAGUCUCAGCAACAAGUUUAAUGGGAUUUACAUCGCUACAAAUUGCUCGCGAUCAGUGGGUAACGCUGAGAGACUUAUAUGGCAGGGAUCGGACAAAUCUCACGGGCUUCGACCUAAUCGAAUACUUUAUGAAUUACAAACCUUCAUCCAAUGCCGAUGCAAUUGAGAUAUAUUCGACCGAUAAGGAUUGGACUACACAUGGCAGCUAUAUACUUGUUCAUUGUUUAGACAGCAAGGCUUACAUUUACCUUAACACCGUCAAAGGUCAUCUAGAAGAUCUAAAGUCUUUGUUGUGCUCCCUAAACUUGAAAGUAUUCCAUUUGAUCUGUGGCUAUGGAGAAAGUUUAAAGCCACUAGUUGAGAACUACUGGAUGCAUUUGGGUCAAGACUUGAGUGAACUUGCACAUCAGCCAGCUAUAGUUUAUCACCUACCAAGCGCCAAAGUUCCCUGUUGGACACCAAGAUUAGAUGUCUCAAAUAAAGUUGGUUGUCUCAGUUCAAAAUAUGCUGACUUGGUUGAUAGAAACUGGACUUAUCGCUCAGUAGAUUCUAUACGUUUUAUACGAGGAAUUAUGGAGAACAAUGUUACGGCUGGCGUUUUUGAUAACAAUGGAGAACCCUUAGCUUGGUGUCUAAGGUGA